UCGCCGAGGCCCGGAUGAGGCGGAGAGAGAGAGAGAGAGAGGAACAUGUCGCCGUGACCACAGCGUCCUUUUAGGAGGCCAGGUGAACAGUUCACCAGGAAGUGAUGCCUGUAGAAAGUGGAAAUAGUGCAGCUGCACGGCAGGUGAAACAGAAACGCAAAUCUCACACUCUCUCCAUUCGUCGAACCAACAGCACUGAGCAGGAUCGUGUCGCUUUACCACGCGAGAUGCUGGAAGGACAGGAUUCCAAACUGCCACCAUCGAUUCGGCAAACUUUGCUGGAACUAUUUGGGCAGAUUGAACGAGAAUUUGAGAAUCUGUACAUCGAAAAUUUAGAAUUGCGGAGAGAAAUUGAGACUUUGAAUGAUCGCCUGGCAGCUGAAGGGCAAACUGUAGAUGGGGGAGAUCUAAGCAAAGGGCCGUUGAAGGCAAAAGCCAGCCACAGUACCAGUCAGUUAUCUCAGAAACUGAAGACCACUUACAAGGCAUCCACCAGCAAGAGGUCAAAUUCUUUCCAAGGUGGACCACGCAACUUCAACGUAGGAAGUUGGGAGUUAUGGGGUGGAGACUCUUGGAUUGUGUCGAGUUUCAAGACGACGACUUCAAGAGCGGUCUGUCAGCUGGUGAAAGAGUACGUAGGACACAGGGAUGGGAUUUGGGACGUCAGCGUUACACGAUCACAGCCUGUGGUGCUGGGCACAGCAUCAGCUGAUCACAGUGCUAUGUUAUGGAGCAUUGAGACAGGAAAAUGUCUUCUCAAAUACAUGGGACAUGCUGGGUCAGUGAAUUCUAUCAAGUUUCAUCCUUCAGAACAAGUUGCUCUCACAGCAUCUGGCGAUCAGACCGCUCACAUCUGGCGAUACAUCGUACAAUUGCCCACCCCACAGCCUGUGACUGACCCAAGUCAAGUGUCUGGGGAGGAUGAAGUUGACUUCUCAGAUAAAGAUGAAGCAGAUGGCGAUGCCGAGGGUCCCAAUGAAUGCCCGACAAUCCGAAUUCCAUCAACGACACUGAAGAGUCAUCAGGGUGUGGUCAUAGCAGCUGACUGGCUGGUUGGGGGCAAACAGGUGGUCACGGCAUCCUGGGACAGAACUGCCAACCUUUAUGAUGUAGAAACGUCUGAGCUGGUGCAUUCUCUGACAGGACAUGACCAAGAAUUGACUCAUUGCUGUACUCACCCGUCUCAGCGGCUCGUAGUGACAUCGUCGCGUGACACCACCUUCCGUCUCUGGGAUUUCCGAGACCCUUCAAUCCACUCGGUCAACGUCUUUCAGGGGCACACCGAUACCGUAACAUCUGCUGUCUUCACUGUGGCGGAUAAUGUUGUAUCGGGAAGUGAUGACCGAACUGUAAAAGUCUGGGAUCUCAAGAACAUGCGAUCUCCUAUAGCAACCAUACGUACUGACUCAGCAGUAAACAGGAUAAGUGUGUCCGCUGGACAGAAGAUCAUAGCACUCCCGCACGACAAUCGACAGGUUCGAUUAUUCGACAUGUCUGGAGUACGUUUAACACGACUCCCUCGCAGUAAUCGCCAGGGACAUCGUCGGAUGGUGUGCUGCACAGCGUGGAGCGAGGACAAUCCCACGUGCAACCUCUUUUCCUGCGGUUUUGAUCGUCAGGCCAUUGGCUGGAACAUCAAUAUCCCGGCGUUGUUACAAGAGAAAUGAAGACGUCCCAGUGUUUUGGAAAAUCGAUGGUUAAUUACGGCCAUCACAUGCUUUUUUGUUUCUCUACUGCUGUUAUUGCUGUGAAUCUUCCCACCGGGCAGAGCGAGAGUUGGUGUUACAGAGCUGGCUGGACAUGCAAGUUUGUGCGUGUCAAGCCUCCGAAACUGUGCUUAGUUAAUAAGCCGAUCUUGUGUACAACAAUAUAUAAGUAUUUCUUUAACACGUUUUGUCAUUUUGGGUGUUCUUCGCUGGUCGUUAGAAUUGGUUGACCUUAACUGCAUACUUCCAAUGUUACUUAUUUGCACAGGAUGGUCAUAUCUGAGUUCUGAAGCAGAGAGAGAGCAGGGUGGUUACUGGAUGACUGAAACAGUGUGAAGCACAGCUUAAUGUAAAUUAUGUCACGGUCAGAGUGGUGUUUGGUGUUACCUGAAGAUUCUACAUAUCUGCCUUUUUUUUUGCCUCGUGGAAAACGCAGGGUUAGACGGUAGGAGUCUGGUUUGAAUCUCAUCCGUGGUGUGUUAUCCCUUCCCAUUCUCUUUUCACACAGUAAGUAUUUGACAUUACGCACAUUUCAGUGGAACUUGUGAUAGAUAGAAGUAUACCCACUUAGAUCUUUUUAAAUUUAGUAAUGUAUAGAACUCCAAACGUGACUAGUAAGUGUCCGACAAGUGGUGGUCGUGUUCGAUGUCUGCUGAAUUGUAACUGAAUUUGAUGUAGUUAUUCAUCUGGGGUUGUUCACCUGGUGUUUAUUCAUGGCAUGGCUCCUACAUGUAUUUUAUUGAACCUGUACAGUAUCAGGGUCAAGUAUACCACUGAUUUUUUUUUGUCGUCAGUCAAUUAUUCUAAAUUGUGUGACUUCUCAGUCAAUAUUUAAAAGCACAGAGACCGGCCUUCAUUCAGUCUGGUGUUGCAUUCCGUGUUUAGCAAAACACAAAAGACCUCUUUUAUCCAGUGGUUUAAUGUCGUAGACGUUCGGGUCAGAGCUGCUAAAAUCUCCAGCGAUCGGCGCAGUGAGAAAUUGUGAAAAGGAUAUCGAUGGUUUGUGGCAGCCACAUAGAAGGCAAAAUAUCACCCGCGUUCCAGGAGAGGAGUCCCAUGAACACCUUUAAUUAUCGCCCCGCAGGAAGGUUUGCUGAACAGCGUAGAACGGGAUGAUUUGAAGCUAAACCCCUGAAACUGUUUAGAGCAAAGUAAGUGUUCCGAUUCACCUGUUGAUUACGCAGUUUUAUGUUCGAUAGUCGAGGCAAACUCAGUGUGUUACACGCGUAGCCUGGUGCUGGUUUGAGUACCUGGAAAGGAGUAUUGUGAUCUCUUUUUUUGUCUGAUUUGCUCGUGUUCCAGUAACCCAACAAAUGUUAUUCAUCAUCCCCGACCCCCCCCCCCCAUUGUUCCACUACUGUUUCUGCCGGUCCCUUUGACGGGUUUGAUCUACGUGUAAAGGUCUCGUCAGCAGUGUUCGGAAUUAGCCCUUUCAAAUCUCGCUUGAAGUCUAUGGGACUAACUCGACUGCAUUUGUAAUUUAUCUUCUCAGCUCCAGCCUGGCUUUUAGUGCACUUCAUUUUCUUGUGGCAGCACGACUUGGGGGUAGAGCAGUGUGUUUCUGGGGAUGUCCUGCAACAUGGCCCUUUUGUUUUUAUAUAACGCUUUGGAUUUUUAUUUCACUGAAUGAAACCUUUUGUUGGCGCCCAAAUCAGCAGCCUGUAAUCGGUUUCAAAAAUCUCAUCCCAGAUCAUGCACACUACGUCUGUUUAAUGUAUUAUAUUGAAAAAAAAGCAUGUUUCUGAUACUGUUACAACAUAUGGCACUUUACAAAGAGAGCACUGGGUAUUCUGUUGUUUAAGCAUUUUAAGAGUUUCUUUAGGUCAAAAUUGUAGGAUUUCAUAGGGUAGAACGAUCACUGAACCAUUAAAUGUUCAAACUGCUCAUUUCUUUUUUUUGUUGGCAUAUAUUUGAUUGCACUGAGUUCACACUUGUGUUCAUGCCACUUAAGUAAAACCUGGUUCUUUCUUUCAAGCUUUUAAGACAAACUUGUUGCAGCGGUAUAUUCGGUAUAUUCUCUAUGGCAUUUAUUACACUGUAGAAGUAUAAUAUCUCAAAUACAGCUGAGAGAGAGAGAGAGAGAAAGAUGUGUAAAGGCAGCUUCUCUUCUGAAAGCAAGUGGAAUGCACCUGUAGGUGGACAUUCAUCAAUAGUUGUAAAAACUACAGGGAGCGUUUCUUCAAAGGAGUUAGAUUGCUGAACAGACUGGUAAAUGGGAUUUCUGACCCAAAAUGUUACUCGCAGGUAACACCUUGUCCAUUUCUGCAGUGGGUUCACGCGGAACACAAGACGUGAUCUGAAUCAGUCCCACAAUAUUGCGAAAGAGAGCGGCAAAAGUGUUUUAAAAUUGCAGACACUUACAAAGAGUGCAUUAUCGAUGCAAAUAUAUCAGUGUUUCUGCAGCAGAAGCACUGUUUGCUCCCAGCUUACCUACCAGACAGUAUUUUAGCAUGGCAAGGUUCAAAUAUUAAUUUUUUUUUAAAAAGCCUGAGUUAAAGGUAUAACAAAAUAAUCUGUGUGGGGGCUGAAUUGUGUUUAAUUCUAUUUCAGACAAUGCAAUUGUAUAUCGGUAGUUUUUGUGGCACAGGGGCAUCACUACACAGCUCCGUUUUUCAUGCCAGAAGCUACAACGGAGAUAAUGACCAGAAAUUUGAACCCAUGCAAAUUUGUCAGUGAAGUUGCUACUCUGUUUUGCUGAUGUGCCGAUGCAGCUAUUUUCUGCACAUUUUCGGCUGUUCUUUUUGACAGGGGAAAAAAUCAUUUAGUGGAUGAAGAAGUAUAUAUUCACUUUAUCUAUGGAACAACAAACAGAAGGCAGCAUUCAACAGUGUGAUCUGGUUGGAGGUGAAUAUAUUGAUUCAAGCCAGUGAUCAGAGGGAGUGUGGUUUUUUUUUGGAUUGUGUGAGUGUUCUCAAUCCCAACUUGGUCUCAAAGUAACCCUCUUUUUAAAAAAAAAGUUUUUGUAAGUGCUUUGAAAUAUUAUUUUACCUACAUAAACUACGUAAAUGCAAGUUGUUUCACAUUUCACAUCUACUUUUGGUAAAAACAAAUCAGCUGUCACGUGUUCCACUGAAUCAAUUAAAUCAAUCGUUCAAAUUGUCUUUUAUUUUCUCUCCUGGAAUUGCACUGUGUAUUUCUUUAAUAAUUGUAUAUUUUGUGUUUAGGUUAAUAGGAAUUAUAAAAUCUCAAUAAUAAA